AUGCCUCGUCGGAGCAUCAUUCUCGGCCGGACAAACGAGGCCGUACACCCAGACACCGUCCGCGCCACCGUCGCGGAGUUCAUCGCCACCGCCAUCUUUGUCUUCGCUGGUGAAGGCUCUGUUCUUUCUCUAGGGAAAAUGGAAAUGGACACAUGGACGGAGAGUGGGUUGUUGGUGGUGGCGUUGGCUCAUGCUCUGGCUUUCACAGUGGCCGUUGCGGUGGCGAUGAACCUUUCCGGCGGACACGUAAACCCGGCGGUGACAUUGAGCAUGGUGAUCACCGGCCGGAUCUCCGUCGUCCGCGCUGUGCUUUACUGGGUGGCUCAGCUCCUCGGCGCCGUCGCUGCCUCUCUCUUGCUCCGCCUUUCCAUCGCCGACAUGAGACCAGUUGGGCUUUGGGUGGCACCAGGAUUUGGAGUAUGGAAUGCAGUCUUACUAGAGAUUAUAAUGACAUUUGGAUUAGUCUACACAUUUUUUGCAACAAUGAUAGACCUCAGGAGUUCUCUCAGUAACAUCGAGCCACUGGCUGUUGGAUUCAUAACAGGUGCAAAUAUUCUCGCCGGUGGAGUAUUUGAUGGAGCCGGAAUGAAUCCGGCAAGAGUCUUCGGGCCGGCAUUGAUUGGGUGGCAAUGGAAGCAUCAUUGGGUUUACUGGUUAGGACCUUUCAUAGGUUCAGCCCUCGCAACGCUGAUUUAUGAGUUUCUAGUGAUGCCUUUUGAUACGGUAACUUAUACUCUACAGCCACCCUUAAUUCCAGAAGAUUACUAG